AUGGCGAUUGCCGGCUCUAGUGCCCAGUUCACAUCGCCUAACGACCCCCUCUUCACAUUAGAAGAUGGCAAGCAGAUGAAUAGAGAGGAGUUCAUCGAGGACAUAAUGCAUGCAACCAAUACGUGUAUCAACAUCUGCCAAACACAUGGCGCUGUCAAUGAGCACGGUAGCAACGCAGAACCAUUCUUCAUGCGCGAAUUUAGGAGACGACUCUACGCGGCGAUAUAUUACGGCGACAAGACACUAGCGGUGUUCUACGGAAGGCCUCCAAUGAUGGGCUGGAGAUACAGUGACCGCAAGAUGUUGUUGGACAUUAGCGAUCGCGCUAUGGCCUCGGACGAUACUGAAGUACUCAAUGCUGAGCUCUCGAAGCUCGACAGCGACGGUUGGAAUACCGAAUGUCAUCUGCACCCUACUACUUUCGGUAGAAUGCGAUGCCAACUUGCUGUGUUCAAAGAGAGAUUGUUAGAGCAAAGUCUUGCAGGCGAAAAGGAUAGCGAAGUGGUGCGGAAUGUCGAGUACGUCUAG